GCUGAGCCGGCUCAGGGGCCCAGCCCGGAGCAAACACAACCUCCCCACCCCAGACCAGGACCCUUGAGGGGAAGAGGGGAGAGGACUCUUCUGGGCCAGGCCUGCAGCAACAUGGGAUCCAGAGAUAAAAACCCUACUCCUGACCUGUUUGACUGGUUCUUUGAAGCAGCCUGCCCCGUCUCCCUGGAGGAGGACCCCCCCAUCCUGUGGCAGUUCCCCCCAGACUUCAAGGAACAGGAAGUCGAGCGAGUGGUCCCCAAGUUCUGUUUCCCUUUCGACGUGGAAAGGGAGCCACCCAACCCUGCUGUCCAACAUUUCACCUUUGCCCUCACGGAUCUGGCCGGGAACCGGAGAUUUGGCUUCUGUCGCCUGCGAGCUGGUGCUCAGAGCUGCCUCUGUGUCCUCAGUCACCUGCCCUGGUUUGAAGUAUUCUACAAAAUUCUGAAUGCUGUGGGGGACCUCCUAGCCCAGAAUCAAGUCUCAGAGGCUGAAGAGUUUCUUCAGCACCUGCAGCAACAUCCGCAUCCUGGAUCCCGGUCUUCAAGAGGACCAGACUUGGACAACAGUACCAGCAUCACCAGCGAGCUCCGCGUCUUGCCUCCUGCCCUGGGGGAUAAUAAGCUGCUUUCUUGUUUUGUGGCCCCGGAUUCUGACCGCUUGCCUUCUAUUCCCGAGAACCGGAAUCUAACGGAGCUGGUGGUAGCGGUGACUGAUCAGAAUAUUAUCCGAGUCUUUGCGGCGCUGCUGGCAGAGAGGAGGGUCCUGUUCAUAGCCAGCAAGCUCAGCACGCUGACAUCCUGCGUGCAUGCAUCCUGCGCCUUACUGUACCCUAUGCGCUGGGAGCAUGUGUUGAUUCCCACGCUGCCCCCACAUCUGCUGGAUUACUGCUGUGCACCCAUGCCUUACCUCAUUGGAGUGCACGCCAGUCUCACAGAGAGAGUUCAUGAAAAAGGACUGGAGGAUGUGGUAGUAUUAAACAUUGACUCUAAUACUUUGGAGACACCCUUUGAUGAUGUGCAAGCUCUGCCCCCAGAUGUGGUGUCUCUGCUGAGGCUUCGGUUAAGGAAAGUCGCCCUGAGCUCUGGGGAAGGGGUGUCCCGUCUCUUCCUUAAAGCGCAGGCUUUGCUCUUUGGCGGGUACCGAGAUGCACUUGUCUGCACCCCAGAUCAGCCGGUGACCUUCUGUGAGGAAGCAUUCUUGGGCCAGAAAGCUGGGGCUCCACUGCAGGCCUUCCACAAGAGGGCGGUGCACCUGCAGCUGUUCAGACAGUUCAUCGAAACCCGACUUGAGAAACUCAACUCUGGGGAAGGCUUCUCAGACCAGUUUGAGCAAGAGAUUACCUGCUGCGGAGUUUCCUCAGGUGUACUUCGAUCCUAUCAGCUCUGGGCAGAUAAUCUCAAGAAAGGUGGCGGGGCCCUCUUGCAUUCCGUUAAGGCCAAGACCCAACCAGCUGUCAGGAACAUGUGUCGUUCGGGUGACCCUCAGGAAUACUGUGUUGGAUCAUCCCAGGCUAAGAGUGGCUUGAAGGGUAUGCAGAGCCUUCUAAUGAUUAAGGAUGGAGACUCUAACCUGCAGAGGGGGGGCUCCUUGAGAACCCCAAGCCUGGUCAGCCGCUCAGACCGCCUGCAACAGCGCCUACCCAUUAGCCAGCACUUUGGGCAGAAUCGGCCUCUCCGCCCCAACAGGAGACUCAGGCUAGAAGAGGGACCCUCGGAACCCCUGGGGAAGAGGAACCCUUCCCUGAGCCCUGAGGACACCCAGGGUCCAUGGUUAGAGGAGACUCUAGACAGCAGCUUUUUGGGGUCCGGAGAAGAACUGGAUUUGUUGAGUGAGAUUCUAGACAGUCUAAGUACAGAAACCAAAACUGUGGGCAGCCUGAGGCCCAGCCAGAGUUUGGACUGUUGUCACCGAGGGGAUCUGGAUGACUGCUUCAGUCUGCCUGACACACCAGGAAGGUCACCAUGGGAACCGGAGGAGGAACAGGAAAGACCCCUGGUCUCUCAGCCUCAGUCCCUGCCCACCGACCUGUCCUCUCUGAGGGACACCCCAUCUUUACAUGCCACCAGCUACUCACAGGACUUCCAUUUCCAGAAAUCAUCAGCCUCUCCGUCUGCAUCUUCAGACCCCAGCAGCCAAGCGGACCCCAAAUCUUCUCCCACCCAGCCGGAUUCUAGAAUCUCACACAGCCCCACUCAGCUGAGCCCGCCAGAAAACCCCCAACUUCUGGCCCCACCAAAGUCCAAUUCUGAUACUGCCCAGACAUUACAAUCCACUCAGUCUUUGUCACACCCCAAUUCUCCAGUGAACCCCAGAAACCAGCCUCCCCAGGUCUCAAUAUCUCGGGCUCAGGUCCAGACCCUCAGGGACCCAGAAGCUCCUUCUUUCUGCACAUCUCCCACAAGCAACUGGCAAGAACCCCAGGCCAGGAGAACUCGAGUAGCUGACCUGAAGAAAUACUUUGAAAGUUAAGGAUCUAGGGAGGACCCCAGCCCUCAAUAAAUCUGAUUUUCUCCUAAGUUAUUUGCCUGGGGUCUUCUCUGAGUUCAGAACGCAACCCCACCCACCCCCCUACCUUGAGUGACCUCUAAGCACCUCCAGCAUGCAGAUGCAUCUAAAAACCCC